UCUCAAUCUCAAAGCACCCUGCCGAACCUCCAUCAACCCGAACCGAUCCCCUUCCUCGCGAUAUCCUCCAACACCUUCAAAAUGUCGUGGCUCGGUGUCCAACCCUUCAAGAAGUUCCCGGCUCCCUUCCUGAAGCCGUACUGGCCCUUCUUCGCUGCCGGUGUUGUCAUCGCCUACGGUGUCAACUCUAUCCAGACCAGCAUGAUGAGCUCUGCCGAGUGGAAGAACGACGCCCGCAACCCCAACGCCAAGACUGGCGGCCACUAAAUCGGACAUGGAGGAACUUGAGAUUUCGUCGAAGAAAACACAAUCGAUCCGCUCGAGCGCGAGCCCCGGAUCCUGUGAGAUGGAAUUGUAUCAUAGAGUCGCAUAAGGGGCUUAAUUGACCUAUUGUCAAAACGAAUCGUCUCGACAUACGUCCCACGUGCCUGGAUUGCUUGCCAACCCCAAUGCUGUUGUCCAUGCGACACAACAAUCGAACCAUUCAAACUGGAAACUGGAAAUGCGACUGAGAGGAUCUGGCCGUGUCAUUGGCUAUUUACCACCUUGAGAGCUCUCGAGAAAGUUUUUCUUAUCGUAGCUUAUAUAUCUAUUGCCGACGUGAUGCGUUUUCGCUGGUAAUCUAACUUGUGUAAUAUGUCAACCGUGGACCUCCAAUUGUGGCCUUGGCUUGGCACAAUGAGGAAAUCAUAGUAAUUAGGCGUCUCCAAACUCAUAGACCGUAGAAAUAUGUCA